AUGGACCCCAAUAACUAUAGACCUAUAUCCGUAUUAUCUGUGGUUGCAAAAUUAUUUGAAAAAGUGAUCUUUGAUCAAACUUAUGAAUUCCUAUGUAAUAACAAUCUUCUCUCAGAUGCCCAAUCUGGUUUUAGGCCUUUGCAUUCCACUUUAACAGCACUGCUAGAUAUCACUGACAAAUGGUAUUCCAAUAUGGACAAUG